CCGCAGACGAGGUCCAGGGCCCCUUGUGUCUGGUCACCCAGAGAGGGCCCCCCGUGGGCUCCAGAGCCUGGGGUGGUGCAACCUCGGCAGCCAGCCUGCAGUGGGCGCAGAGGAACCUGCAAGAAGACGCUCAGCAGUUAGGGCCGCCACUGUGAGGUCGGGAGGUGGAGAUCCCACAGGAAAUGACUCGGUGCAGAGCCGAUGUGCCUCUGUCCCAGGACAGGAGCUUGGGCUGCGAGGCUGGGGCAUGUCAACAGAGUGCGGGGAGCCAGGGCCGGGUGGGCCCUUGGGGGGCUCGGGGCCAGGUGAGGAGGGGAUGCACCGGGGAAGCACCUGCUCCCUUCACGGGCCGUCCUGCUGCCACCAGCCCCGUCCUGCUGCACACAGCAUACCCUGGAUGGCGGCCUCUGUCCUGCAAACCAUCUUCUCACCCCUGGGGGAGUUCCAGCCAAGCCCCGCAGAGGGAGGUGGAGUUCUCCAGCCAGCCCCCGGGGGGCCACCAGCCGCAGGAGCAGGCAGGCGUGCUGCUGGAUGUACAGAACUUUUUUCACAUCAGUGAUAGCAAUGCCGGUUUGCUUCAAACGGUCUUCAUCUGCUGCCUGCUGCUGUCCGCACCUGUGUUUGGCUAUCUGGGUGACCGGCACAGCCGCAAAGCCACGCUGAGUUUUGGGAUCCUGCUCUGGUCAGGUGCGGGCCUCUCCGGCUCCUUCAUCUCCCCCCAGCAUUCCUGGCUCUUCUUCCUGUCCCGGGGAGUGGUGGGCAUGGGCUCCGCCAGCUACUCCACCAUCGCGCCCACCGUCCUGGGAGACCUCUUUGUGAGGGACCAGCGGACCCGGGUGCUGGCCAUCUUCUACAUCUUUAUCCCUGUUGGAAGUGGCCUGGGCUAUGUGCUGGGGUCGGCCGUGUUGCAGCUGACUGGGGACUGGCGUUGGACCUUCCGAGUCAUGCCGUGCCUGGAAGUCACAGGCUUGAUCCUGCUCCUGACACUGGUUCCAGACCCGCCCAGGGGAGCUGCUGACAAGCAGGAGGAGGCAGCCAUGGGGGCCGGGAGGAGCAGCUGGUGUGAAGAUGUCAGGUACCUGGGGACAAACUGGAGUUUCGUGUGGUCCACCCUGGGGGUGACUGCCAUGGCCUUUGUGACUGGAGCUCUCAGCUUCUGGGUUCCCAAGUUCUUGUUUGAAGCCCGUGUGGUGCAUGGACUGCAGCUCCCCUGCAUAACGGACCCGUGCAGCAACCAGGACAGCCUGAUUUUCGGGAGCCUCACCGUAGUGACCGGCAUCAUUGGGGUGGUCCUGGGGGCAGAGGCCUCGAGGCGGUUCAAGAGAGUGAACCCGCGGGCGGAGCCCCUCGUGUGUGCCUGCAGCCUGCUGGCAGCCGCCCCCUGCCUCUACCUGGCUCUCCUCCUGGCCCGGACCACCUUCACCGUCUCCUACGUGUUCCUGGCCCUUGGGGAGCUGCUUCUGUCCUGCAACUGGGCCGUGGUUGCCGAAAUCCUGCUGUCUGUGGUGCUGCCCCGGUGCCGGGGGACGGCAGAGGCGCUUCAGAUCACGGCGGGCCACAUCCUGGGGGAUGCCGGCAGCCCCUAUCUCACUGGACUUGUGUCCAGUGCCCUUAGGGCCCGACGCCCCGACUCCUACCUGCAGCGCUUCCUCAGCCUGCAACAUAGCUUCCUGUGCUGCGCCUUCGUCAUCGCCCUGGGUGGUGGCUGCUUCCUGCUGACCGCACUGCACCUGGAGAGGGACCAGACUCAGGCCCGGAGGCCCAGCCCAGGGACCCCCGAUAGCACCAAGGAGGAGAGCCAAGCCCUGCUUUCCCACCCACGGGCCGUCCCAGAGGCACCCUGAGACCCCGGCCCCUGCGCAGGCCUGUGCUCACCAGGCCGCACCCCUCCCUUUGGCUGCACCUGCUGCCCCCUGGGGGAGCCAGCAGUGCCGAGGCUGGGUUGGGGCUGAAGCUGUCCCCUCUGUCCCUGCCAUCCCUUCUGUCCGCUGCCUGGGGUCCUUGGCCCACUGGCCCCUGGGUCUGAUUAAAGUGUGGUCAGUGCAAAGUG